GUCUUGGGGGAGGAGCGUUCAGUGGGGUGGAUCAACGAGGAGCGCCAGGCAUGGGUCAGUCCGACUGUGUGGCACAAGGAGAAGGGCUACGGCGAGGGAAGAUUCGAGUUUCAGUGCGGCGCAGAACGACGCUGUUGGCGCUACUUGGACUAUAAGGACAGGUCACAUCAGAUUGUUGUGCCCAACGAGAAGGAGGAGCCGGUGAAGGUGGCGGUGGCGGCACAGUUGACACUGAACGGGCAAUCAGAUCGCGAAUGGCCAUGUGAGGGUUGGCGUGAAUUCCUCGCCAACGAAGACCCAGCUGCACUCGUACCAGGGAAGAGACCCAGAUGCCCACGCUGUCAGGACAACCAUCCAAAGCAAGGGAAGGCACCAUUUCAGGUGCCCUGGAGCUUCAAUGAGCAUCCGGUUGACACACAGGAGCUGAUCUUGAUGGGGACCCAUUCACCAUUGAAACACAGGCCGGCUUUCGCUUAUGGCAUCAGAGCGCAGGAGGUUUUCGUAGGUUCGGGGUCAUGGACCAAGGCAAUGGAGGAAGCAGGCUUGGCCUCUAACGAGCCCAUCGAGCUGUUCAGUGACCCGUUGCAAAAACGGGGCCGACGUGACCACUUCGACCUGAAGGAUGAGAAGGGGGCAAGCUUCUACUUGCAGGAUCUUGCAGGCAACAAUGGAGCUUCCAGGUCCAUGCGCCGCGAAUGUCUGGGAAUUCGGCGCGCCGUGCACCAGCUAUUGCGACUUCAACAUCCUCACCGGCGGGACUCGCAGCUUCAGCUCGCCAGCGAGUGA